GAACUCGAUAAUAAGUUACUGUACACAUGUUAUCAAUAUCAUAACUAUACGACUCGUUAUCGAACCCAUCUCCGACCCCGAGAAGUACCAAAAAUUUACAGGGGGUGGGCCCACAAUCGGAUGGAUCAAUGUCUCAUCGAUCUGCGUUUCAGCGGAAUCAUUAUCAUCAUCAUCCUAGAACAAGCCUAUACAUACACUGUACGUAUCGAUUCUGCGGUUAAUCCCUCCGAUGGUUGAAAGAAGGAAGCCUCUGGUGCUCUCUUCCACCAAGUUCCUCGUCAGCUCCGUGCUGAGCUCGUCUCGGCCGGAAAGAGCGGACGCCGGGUACGAGCUCGCCGGCGGUGAUGGCCCGCCGAGGUUGCAGUUGCCGGCUGGAAUUCUGCGGCUGCCGAAGGACAGGGAGGACGUCCCCGACCCGAAGUUGGCUUCUUUCGACGGUUCAGCUUUGGUCGGGGUCUCCACUUCCGCGCUCAAGAGGCUGUCCAUAACUUCAGGCUCACUGGUGUAUGCCAAGAGUGUUGAGACCAAUGUAGAGCGAAUCGUGCAAGUGGUUGUCCUGGAUCCCCCCAGCAACAGCCGAGAACACUUGCCCAAAACUCAGUGUGUGCCUCUUUCACAAUGUUGUCGGGAAUUACUUGUCUUUCCUGCACAUAAUCUUGUCCAAAAUGAGUCCGAGUUGCUGGAUCAUGAAGUGGCCUAUUUAUCGCCGCCACUUGCGUUUAACCUUGGCUUGCAUUUGUCAUGCUUCAAAACCCUUUUGCGGCAUGGUGAGGACACUUUAGCAUCUUUCUUCAAAGCUGAAAUUGAUGAUAGCAUAUGGGAGAAGAUCAGUGAGAUUCCUGGUAUUGACGUGGAAUUAAGACCUUUCCUGCAAACACCGAGAUACGCCUCCCACUUGAGGGCUUCUUUUGUGAAGAUACCAGAAUGCGGCACCCUAGAAUCUCUCCGUGGCAAAUCAACUGUUGAAGCUGAAGAACGCCAAGAAAUUAUUGAUUUGGCACUGCAGCACUACUUUGAACUUGAUAGAUAUAUGGCAAGAGGUGAUGUUUUCAGUGUUCACAUCAAAUGGAGUUGCAGCUCCCCAGUUUGCAUUCCAUGCAACCGAAAAUCACUGAUUGGUGACACUAUCUAUUUCAAGGUAGUGGCUAUGGAACCAUCAGAGGAACCAGUACUUCGAGUUAAUCGCACUCAGACUGCACUUGUUCUUGGAGGAAGUGUUCCCUCUGCAGUCCCUCCUGAUCUUUUAUGUGAUCAACCAAAAAGAAUUGCUCCUUUGCAAGGAGAUACAGUCAAGACACUGGCUUCCAUACUUACACCCCCUUUGUGUCCAUCAGUAAUAUCUACUAAAUUUAGAGUUGCUGUUCUGUUGAAUGGUUUGGAAGGAUGUGGGAAGAGAACCGUUGUUAGGCAUGUUGCUAGCCGAUUAGGUUUGCAUGUAGUGGAAGUUAGCUGUCACAAUUUAGUGGCCUCUUCUGAGAGAAAGGUGUCCACUGCUUUGGCGCAAGCCUUUGAUACUGCUCAAAGAUAUUCCCCCACGAUACUUCUUCUUCGGCAUUUUCACGCUUUCCGGAAUAUGGGAUCUAAUGAAGGUUUAACAAGUGAUCAAGUUGGUGUUGCUUCUGAAGUUGCAUCUGUAAUUCGAGAAUAUACUAUCCAAGAUGACGAAGAGGACGGUUACCCUGAAGAUGAAUCAAAUGGUGACACAAAUAUGAACAAUAUUGGGAACUUAAUUAAGCACAAGAUCUUAUUAGUUGCUGCUGCUGAUAGUUCUGAAGGCCUCUCUCCAACUAUUAGGCGUUGCUUCAGCCAUGAAAUUAGCAUGGGCCCUUUGACUGAAGAACAAAGGAUCGAAAUGUUAAUGCAAUCACUGCAGAGCAUUUCUGAAAUACUUCCCGAUAAAAGUCCAGGGGACUUCAUAAAGGAGAUAGUUGGACAGACAUCUGGAUUUUUGCCCAGAGAUAUACGUGCUUUAAUAGCUGAUGCAGGCGCAAACUUAAUUCCUAGAGGCACUUCUGAGACUGACAAAGUUGACCGCUCACAUCUAACUAAUAUUAUGAAGGAACAUGCCGUUAGCACUGAGGUCCAGGUUCUUGAGAAGGAGGACUUGACCAAAGCAUUGGAACGGUCAAAGAAAAGGAAUCUGGCAGCUCUAGGUACUCCUAAGGUUCCUGAUGUCAAGUGGGACGAUGUUGGAGGUCUUGAGGAUGUGAAAAAAUCAAUUCUGGAUACUGUUCAGUUGCCUUUAUUGCAUAAGGAUCUGUUUUCAUCGGGUCUGCGCAAGCGGUCUGGUGUUCUUUUGUAUGGCCCUCCUGGAACAGGGAAAACCUUGCUCGCAAAAGCUGUUGCAACAGAAUGCUCCCUCAAUUUCCUUAGUGUCAAAGGCCCUGAGCUUAUUAAUAUGUACAUUGGAGAGUCAGAGAAAAAUGUGCGAGACAUUUUCCAGAAAGCCAGAUCGGCCCGCCCUUGCGUUAUAUUUUUCGAUGAGCUUGAUUCUUUAGCUCCUGCUCGGGGCGCUUCUGGAGAUUCGGGGGGCGUAAUGGACAGAGUUGUUUCUCAGAUGCUCGCAGAGAUAGACGGCUUAAAUGAUUCCAGCCAGGACUUGUUCAUAAUUGGGGCUAGCAACAGGCCUGAUCUUAUUGAUCCAGCACUUCUAAGGCCUGGCCGAUUUGACAAGUUGCUAUACGUUGGGGUCAACUCUGAUGCAUCCUAUAGGGAGCGGGUACUUAAGGCACUUACUCGGAAAUUUAAGUUGCAUGAAGGUGUGUCUCUUUACUCGAUAGCAAAGAAAUGCCCCCCUAACUUUACUGGCGCAGACAUGUACGCCCUGUGCGCUGAUGCUUGGUUUCAUGCUGCAAAACGCAAGGUUUUGACUUCAGAUACAGGUUCUAAUGACAAGGAUCAUCAAGCUGACUCUGUUGUUGUUGAAUAUGAAGAUUUCGUGGAGGUCUUGAGAGAGCUUUCUCCCUCUCUUUCCAUGGCCGAGCUAAAGAAGUAUGAAUUGUUACGGAAUCAAUUUGAGGGCUCUUCCAAAUGAAAGGCUUCAAGUGAAUUUCACUCUCUUCCCGAGCUUCUGAUUGAUGGAUCUUUUCUGGUACUGCUUCUUGAUGCUCUUCUGGUGUGCCCAGGUUUUUGAAGUUUGAUAAUAUCACCACAUCUUCAUCUGGUGAAGAAAAGGAAAGGAAAUACUCUAGAUAUCUGUCAGCAUUACAUGUCGUGUGAGUUGUGACCAUAACAUAGUAUUUUCCUGAUUCAUAAACAAGCACUCUUGAGUUCCGAAUCUUUGAUUUUUACUACUCAGGUAGGUUUGAUAUACUUAUUCGUUGAUACCAGCAUGGCAGAUA